ACAGGUCUACGUGACUUCGCAAGACCAGCGGUAGCUAGGUUUUGCAGCUGUCAAUUUCUGAAUUGACAGGCUUUCUGUCUGCUGGUUCAAAUAACACGGAAGGAGCACAGGCAAGCAAUAAGUGGUAUCGUUGUUGUUGUUUUGUAAAACAAAACAAAACAAAACAAACAAAAAAAAAAAAAAACAAGAAGAAAAAACAUAACGGAACAAGUUUGCACAGCAAAACGGUGCAGCUACUUUAUGAAAAAAGUAUUUGCAAUGGGUGUACUUCGGCUUUAACUAGGAGCCGACGUUUGCUGCUUUUUUUUUUUUUUUUUUUCUUCUUACAUAAAAACAGCUGGGAGUGAUCGCUGUUCUCAUGCAGGGCUCUGCAAGCUGCUUCGACCCCGGAACGUGUUCUUCGCGGUGAUCUAGUCUUCAUCCGGGAUUAUACUGCAUGCAAUUUUUUAUUUUGGCUACAGUAAUUCGUUCAGCUUGAAAUACGUGACUAAAUAGCGUGGGAAUAAAAUAAAAAAAAAAAAGAUAUGUAAUAGCAGACUGAUGAUUAAAAACGCGCAUAUUUUAAGCUUAUGAAAAACAUUGUAACUGUGUCAGUCAGACCGCAUCGAGUAAGAGAAGACGACCCCGGUUCUCUCAUGGUUAUGUGUAAACAUAUACAUAUUAUUAAGUGACCCUUUGGAGCUGAGAUGCGGUAGGCUGCUUGUAUGUGGUCAUUGAUGAUAGCGCUUCAGAGACGGAGGUUGUGAUUGAUUUUAUCUAAGGUUUAUUUUCCCCUGUACUGUAGAGGUUUCUUUCGCUUGGUUAGUAGUAGUAACCAAGCAGUGUUUUUUUUUUUUUUUUUUUUUUUUUUUUUUUUUUUUUUUGGUCUGGAUUAAUAUUACUUGGUUUUAAACACAUUACGAUUUUGGAAAUGGGAACCCAGGGUUCUGGACGGAAAAGGAUUCCGAACAGAGAGAGAUUGACGGCCGAGGACGAUGCCUUAAAUCUAAUUGCAAGAGAGGCGGAGUCCCGUUUGGCUGCGAAGCGAGCUGCACGGGCGGAGGCACGGGAGAUCAGAAUGAAGGAGCUGGAGAGACAGCAGAAAGAGAUCUAUCAGGUUCAGAAGAAAUAUUACGGUCUGGACAACAAAUGGGGCGAUAUCGAGCAGUGGAUGGAAGACAGUGAGAGGUACUCCCGCCGAGCACGGAGAAACACCUCGAUGUCCGAUGAUGAUGAGCGAAUGUCCGUGGGCAGCCGUGGCAGCCUGAGGUCAGACUUCGACAGCACUGCUGUCUAUGGAGGGGCUGGCUCACCCAAGGACAAGCCCAAGAAGAAGAGUUCUAAAGCCACCAAUGGUUUUGAUGAAGGGUACCAUGGAUCUACUCAGAGUAGAAAGUCUAGUAGGAGCUCAAGGCACAGCGAUGAGAGUAGGAGAUCACAGUCAUCCAGACAGGAGCACCUGCUGGGGAAUCACUACUCCUCGGACCUGUACAGUAACAGCGGCCUCUCCUCCUCCUCCAGGGCCCAGUCUUCAGCUCAAAAUGGAACGCGGCCUUCCAUGCUUUGUAGUGACGCCCUUCUGCCUCGGAGCCUCAGGGGCUCCCUGUACGAGGAGAGUGUGCACAGCGGGACGCGCCGCUUUAGUGCCUCUAGCUCUCGAGCUCCCUCGGAAUACAGUGGUUUCCCGGGCUCCAGCUCCCGUGCUUCCUCCCGGGCAAGCUCGGCCCGUGCCAGCCCUGUGCUGCUGGAGGACUCCAGCUCCAUAGCAGGAUUCCUGCGCAGCUCGGCUCACAGCAGCAGCAGCAGUGUGCGGAGUGACCUGGAUGACGUCACCAUUCCUGACUUCCCAGACGUUGAAGAAAGACCGGAGAGGGACUUUGCUGAAAAGGGAUCCCGCAGCGCUUCCACCCUGUCAGCUGCUACUCUUGCCUCUUUGGGCGGGUCUUCCUCCCGGAGAGGAAGUGGAGACACCUCGAUCUCAGCCGAUACAGAAGCCUCAAUCCGAGAGAUUAAGGAUAUUCAUGAGCUAAAGGACCAGAUUCAGGAUGUGGAGAGCAGAUACAUGCAGGGGCUCAAAGAAAUGAAGGACUCCCUGGCCGAGGUCGAGGAGAAGUACAGGAAGGCCAUGGUGUCCAACGCCCAGCUGGACAACGAGAAGUCCAACUUCAUGUUCCAGGUGGACACCAUGAAGGACUCUCUGAUGGAGCUGGAGGAGCAGCUGGCCGAGACGAGGAGAGAGUUAGACGAGAAGGUCAAGGAACAUGAAAGAGAACGACACGCCCACUCUGUGUUGAAAUUCCAGUUUAACGAGAUGAAAGAAAACCUUAGACAAAGUGAAGAAUUGUUAGCUGAAAUUCGGCAGCUGAAACUGAAGCAGGAGAGCUCUGUUAGAGAGGUUUCAGACUUGCAGGAAACCAUCGAAUGGAAGGAUAAAAAGAUAGGGGCGUUAGAGAGGCAGAAGGAAUAUUUUGAUGUAAUCCGGACUGAGCGUGAUGAGCUCAGAGAUGAGAUUGUCCUGCUCAAGGAUGUAAUAAAGAAACAUGGGAUAGUUCUAGGCGCAGAGCUGACAAGCAAUGGAGAAGUGGGCGACGCAGUUCUUGACAGCACAGUCCACACUGACUCUGUGAAACGAUCAGCGUCAGACUCCACUCCGGUUCUGCAGACUCCUAGGGAUGGGCUGAUUGGCAAAGCCACGGCGGUGGAGAUGAAAAUUUCGCUUUUGGCGGAUGUUGGAAAUAAAGAGAUCUUGCAGAGUGCCGGGGACAAGGCUGAAAAGCAGGAGAGCUGGGAUGACGAUGCUGAGACACAGGAAGGGCAUGUCGGUGAAAAAGCACAAGAGAAUUUGGCUGAAAAUGAACAGUCAGCAUCAAUGCCUGAUGACGACACACUAAAUGACCCAGGGGAUGUUCAGCAACGGGAGCAGAGUGACAUUUCCAGUCAGACCGUAGAGCCUGACAGUACCUUAGGCAGUAAUACACUUGCUUGGAGCUCAGUUGAUGAUGGAGAUGACAUAAAUGAAAAUGACAUUGACGAGCACAGUCCAGUUCUUGAGCUGACAUACAGUGUAGACGAUGGAAGUUUAGAGGCCGACAGUCUGAUAGCAGAAGGAGAGAUCAUGAGAGAGAGGGAAACGGAAGCGAUUAACAGGGGGGGUGAAGGAGGCAAGGAAGUGGUGCAGGUAAUAACAGGACCCGAUGAUGAGGUGGAAGAUGAGACUGAGCAAGCCCUUUCCGAUAAAGAAGCUGAAACUACUGAAAAGGGUAAUAGUGAUGGUCAACAAAGUGUUCAGAGUGCAGAGGAGAUGAGAAUAGAGGGUGGUGAGACUAAAACCCAAGAAGAAAGCUUAGACAGUAACAAGGAAGAGUGUGCAACAGGGAGUGCUGUCACUGAAAAAGUUUCAGAUGAAGAGAAUGAACUUGCUCAGGAUCCUAUAGAAAAGGCUGUUGAGGCUAAUUGUAUUGGUGAGGAAAGAGUUCAGAAAGCCGACGAUACCCAUAUUGAAGGCAAAGAAAUACAAGAGGAGGGUAAUGUAAAGCAAGUAAUAGAAGAAGCAGAAAUCAAAGGCUUGGUAAAAGAUGAUGUUUUUGGUGACAAGAAUGCGCAAAAGGCUGAACAUAAAAUUGCUCAGAGUCCUCCAGAAAAAAGUGAUGAGAAUAAUUGUACUGGUGAGGAAGGAGUUCAGACUGCCGAGGAUACCAAUAUAGAAGGCAAAGAAACACAAGAGGGAAGCAGAACAAAUCUUGAGGGAAGUACAGCAACAGAGGGUGAAGUAAAACAAGCAGCAGAAACAGUAGAGGUUAAAGGGUUGGUAAAAGGUGAAGUUUUGGGUGAGAGGGAUGCGAUUUAUGAGCAGGGAGCAAUAGAUGAAUUGGUGAAGGAAAAGGAGCCAGGUGCAAGUACAGCAAAUGAGGAAAAGGCUGAACAUGAAAUUGCUCCUGGACCUACAGAAAAAGUUGUUGAGGCUAAUUGUACUGGUGAGGAAAGAGUGCAGACUGCCGAGGAUACCAAUAUCGAAGGCAAUGAAACACAAAAGGAAACCAUAGACCGCACAAAUGUGAAACAAGUAACAGAAAAAGUAGAGGCUGAAGGUUUGGCAGUGGACAAAGUUUUGGAUGAAGAGAAGGUGAUUCCUGAGCAAGGAGAAAUAGAUAAAUUAAUGGAGAACAAGGAGCCAGGGGCAAGUACAGGAUCUGAGGAAAAGGUUGAACAUGAAAUUGCUCAGGGUCCUACAGAAAAAGUUGAAGAAAAAGUAAAUCAUGCUGGUGAGGAUAUAGUUAGGAGUGCUGAGGCUAUCCAUACAAAAGGAGCACAAGAUGAAAACAUAGACAGCACAGAUAUUAUGGAAAUGACAGUGACAGAAGGUGAUGUAAGACAGGUAACAGAAAAAGUAGGGGAUGAAAGUUUGGUUCAGUUAGAAAAGACAGGCAUUACAGGUGAGUGCCAAGAGGAGUUGGAUAGUGAUGUAGUGAAGAGCAAAGAUGCGAGUUCAUGUGAGGCUCAGACGGAGCACGAGGAACAGGAAGGGGUUACCAUGGAAACUAAAGCAGAGCAAAUAGAAGAACAUGAGCAUGAAUCCGGGGAGAUUGAGGAUAGUGAAAAGGCCCUACAAAGUAUUGCAAUUGAUGAACCAGAGACUUCAUGCAAUGACAGCACAGUCAUGGAGGAGGUGACUGUGGGAUCAAAUGUCCAGGCUGGCAAUGAGAAAAAAGAAUUAGUUUCUUUAGAGCCUGAAACAAAGCAGGAAGAAGAGGUCCUACCAAGAGAUACAAUGACCCCAACCGUUGUCCAUCAUGAGCCGGAUUCAGAGGACAAAGGUGUAAGUGAGGAAGCCUUACAACACAGAUCUGAGGAUGAACCAGAAGUUAGUUGUGAAAGUGGCACAACCAACAACAAUGUAGAAAGAGUGACUGAUGAGAAUGACAGUAAAGAAAACUAUGGAGAUAUGACAGCUUCAUGUGUUGUACAAGAAGAUGACCAAGGAGAAGUCUCAAUACCUCUGGAAGAUAAGGGUGGAGAUAUUGAGGAAGUCAAGAAUGAGAUAGGCAACAGCAGCCAAAAAGAUGAAGGAGAAGGACUUAAACAAGACGACUUGAAGAAGGAAGAUUCUGAAAAGAAAGUGCAGAGUCAGAAAACAACUGAAGACCAAAACGAAGAAGAUAAACUUGAAAAUGAAACCAAUUUAGAAAGUCACACUGCAGCAGAGCAGAGUGUUGAAGGAAUAGCAAAUGUUGAAACUGUACAGGAAAAUAUCAUGGAUAGGGUCAUAGAUCAAGGGACUGGAGAUGAUGUAAAAGAGGAACCUUUGUUUGGUGGAGAGGGUCAAAAAGUAAUUUCAGAAGACUACAUUGAGAUGAUUGAAGAAGAAACGAGAACUGUAAACAAGGAAUUGAAGGGAACAGAGAGUCGAAACGUAGGGCUAGCGGUUGUUAAAGAUGUUGUUGGGUCUAAGAGAGAAACAGUAGCUCAGUUUGAAAUCUGUGUGGAGAAAGUAGGUGCUGAACUUGACCACCAAGACAAUUUAGAUGAAAAAAUACACCCUAAGAACCUUGAAACAGUUGGCACUGUCACAGAAGAUAGUAAACCCAGUGAAAACUCUGAACUGUUACCAGCAGACAAAGUGGCUUCACAAAGUACCGUACAAGUAGAGACCCUUAAAGAUGAGAAAAUCAAUCAAGGUCUUGAGCCAGCAGUCACAGUGGCAGAUAAUAUCAAAUCAGAAUGCAUGUUCCCUAAUGGCAGUGAGCAGGAGAAAACUGAUGUUAGCAAAGAGACAGCUGAAACAGUCAUUCAGCAAACUACAGCUGAUUUAAGCGGAUGUGCUAUAUCGGAGGAAAUGGAUAUUGCUGAGAAGAAAGUCGAUGCAUUUCAUUUGGAGAAAGAAAGAGAGAGUAAAGACCAGCAGCCUCAACAUGAACACCAAGACGAGGCCCAGGAAGUGAAGCAAGAGGAAGCGGUAGAAGAAAAGAGUGUGGAAAAAGUAGAGAACAUUCCUGACGACAUCCAAGAACAAGAGCAAGUACCUGCUAAAGAGGAAAAGCAGGAUGAGACACAGCUCACACAAAAGGAAGUUCAAGAGGAGAAAGGUGAGACAGAGAAGGAGGAAGAAAAGGACAAUGAGGAAGAUGAGGAAGGAGAGUCAUUCGACUUUGAUGAUGAAGUGGGACAGGAUUUGGAAGAGUCGGAUCAGAAAGUUUGCCUAGAAGAUCCACUUAAGCAGAAACAGACACAGCAACAGGGUGCUGAAACAAACGAUAGUAGUCCUGUGACCAAGACUGGUAGUCAAGAUAAAGAACAAAGAAGUGAGAAGGGAGAUGCAGAUCAGCUUAAAACUAACGAUUCAGAAAGUGAAAAGACAGGGGGAGAGCAAAACCAAAAGGAAUUGGAGGAGGUUUGUUCUUCUGGUAGUCAGGAAAGUGUGAAGGAGUCGGGAGAGAGAGGGCAGCAGGGUGAGGACGGGACAGAGCAAGGAAACAUAGGGAGGGGGCUCGAGAAGGAGCUGGGAGAGAGUAUAAAAAGGCGAAGUAUGUUUGAAGACAGUGUAGGGGAAUCCGUGGGGCAGAAGCCAGACAGCGCACAGGGUAAGGAGGAUAGCAAUUCAGGAAGUACUGAGGAUCUUGGAAAGCAAGAUGCAGCCAAGGGGAGUAAGAAAGGAAAGGGGAAAAAUAAGGAUGAGUGUCAGAUAUCAUGAAAAGUGUUUUAAUGCAGACUACUCCAAAGUGGGACAAGUGGGACAAAUUAAUUGGAUAAUCUUGUGCCAGUAUAACCCAAUUCUCGGCUAAUGUUUGAUGUAAAACCGACAAUGUUUAACUUCAUUAUGGCAUGAGAACAUCCAGUUAUUUCAAUACUAAAAUGUAAUUUGGUCUACUAUAAAGAACCUUACAAAUCAGAAAAAGUACCUGCUGAUGAUACAAUUUAAGGUUUACUUUUAUUUUGAUGUUUACUGUAUUUCAAUGUGAACUUAAAUCUCUAUCAAGUAGAAAGCUGUGUAUUAGUUCAGAGUUCAUUACAUUUGAAUUACAGAUGCUUAUACAGUGGUACACACAAGAUUGUGCGAGAACAGGACACUUUGUGUUAAUCACUGUUUUAUUACAGUAUGUGAUCUUGGUUCCAACUUGCCCCUCUUCAGAGUUCUCACGAGGAAAUAGUUUACUAAACUUGCGGCUUUUGAAAAAGUUCACAGUUUAGCAAGAAGUUUGAUUACUGUACAUUCACCCAAUUACAUAAUUACUAAUCUGGUUUGUUAAUAUGCUGUACUUGGUGAAGAUCCUUACUGUGGAAUCUGUAAACUGUGGGAUUCAGUGUUAUAAUGAAGAGGGUAGUGCAUUAGUCAGGAUGCAGAGAGUUUUUAAUUUAAGUAAAGGGCUGCUCAGACUGUUUCAGAGAUUACCAGUUACUAUGUAAAAGCUUCCUGUAUAAAAAGAAAUGUCCUUGGUAUUUGUGCUUAUUCUACUGUAUAUCAACUAUUUAUUUUCAGAGAAGAUGUAUUCUGUUUAGAGUAUAGUUAUACAUAAGAAAAUAAAUUGCAAUUCCAAAAAAGGAAGACUGUGAUUUAUUUAAUUUUCUUUUCUUUGUGGUUAUUGACUAGAUACAUUAACAGUGUAUCUUAACUGUUUUCUAAUAGCACUUUGUCAUGUAUUAAGUGAGUUUUGGAUUGGAUAUUGAAAGUAAUAACUGCAAUGUUGGUAUUUUGACACUGUAAACUGCAGUGCUGUAAAGAGGUUAUUUUGCAGUCAAUACAGGUCUGUUUGUUCUUCAGUGUUAUUGAAGUUACAUUUGACUGAGGUAUUUUUGUUGUGCAUAAAUACUUCCAUGUAUGUUUUUAUGGUGUUUUUAGGGUGUGUAUUAAAGUGAGACGCUGAUUAAAAAAACAAACCUUGCUUAUAGGUAACAAAAUAUCGAUAAAAACGGACAUUAAGUCGGACAUUGGCAAAAUCUAGUGUCAUUUACGGUUCACUUUUGAUUUUGAUUUUUUUUAUAGAAUCCUAAAAUAAAAUAUUUGCAUUUUAUUUGUCACUUUCUGUACCCGUAUCACACCUCCGUUGAAGUCAUUGGCAAGAAUUUACAGGCAGAUACAUUAGGGUAUAUUCUGUGGGCUUCGUGCAACUUAAUUCUGUGCUACAUAUUGCUUGUUUUGUAACAUUUGACAGUUUUUGUUUCCCAAAAUGAAUGAAGAUGCUUUGCAUUUUUCAGUGUGUCUUGAUAAGUGUGUAUUUUACAUGAUUCAUUGUACACAUAACUGAGCCAAACAUUUUAUAAGAACUGCUGUCAGCUGUUGCUCUUGCCACACACACAGACGUAGUAGUGCUGGGAGGAAUUUGUUUUUAUCAUGGUUUUUUACUCGUUCUACAUUUUAGAUCACUUUAUCACUGUAGGAAAACAAACAUUUAAAGUAACAAGCAAGUUUGCUCGGCUGGUGAAGUUUUUGCCCUUUUAAUUUUGAUUGAGUGUUUUAAAGUUUUAACAGAGAAGCACUUCCCGUAACAAUGAGCUACCGGGAGGCUUUCUUGACAAGGGUUUGAGGUUUAAUUAUGGCACACUUUUGGUAUAACUGAAAAUUUUAUACCAGCCAAAAUUUGGCAGAUUGCUACCUUGGGGGAUUUUGUCGGUUUUUGAAUUGCCGUUUUUCACUUCGCACGUUCACAAAGAAAUGGCACAGUAUUGCCUUUAUGCUUUUAAUUAUUUCAAGCAAAUUGGCUUCACCAGUGACUGCCAUUCUCAUAUUCACUUUGACACCCGACACAUUCUUUCCAUUGCCCAGUGUUUUUCUCUUUUUAUUUUAUUUUAAUUGACAGUUUUUUAUUGUUGUUUUUAUUAUAGCAUGUGUACUUUUUAAAGUACAAAUAGGUCAAAAUGCCAUUUAAAUAGUUCUCAAUAAUUCUGAAAGGAUCUGCAGAGCUCUGUUACUUUACCAUACAGCAAGUGGAGUCGACAGAGUUAAGGGUCACAUUUUCACAUGAUUUCCCAAGUCCAGGAAGCAAAAGAAAAAGCAAGAGCAACAGAGAAGAAAAUAAAUAAAUGGAUUUGUUGCUAGACUUUUAAACACAGUAAAUCAAUAAAAAAAAUGUGUCCAGUCCUGCAGUAUGCAAUACCACGUCAGGCUGGAUUGCAAAUGUAUGUCAAUAAAAUUAUGCUAGCCAGUGAAACUAAAAAAUGUUGUUUCGUAAAUCCAGAACACACAAAGCUGUGAAAGGAAUGCAUCUUCAAUGUAAAAACACAAAAAGACAGCAAAUUGGUAUUUAGUGCUAGACGGUGAAAAGCAUUAGCUCUCCGGUAAAUUCUGCACAGCUCCAUGCAGGUAACUAGCAUACUAAUGCUUUAUAAAUAAGUGUGGUUAACUUGUGCACAAGGUGUUUUGUAAUUGCAAUGAUUGAGCGACAGUGUUAUUAACAUGCAAAUAAGAUUUUGUGUUCCAGCUUUGUCUCCCAUCGUAGUGUAUUUGCAUGCUAACCAAGUAGAAGAUAUUAA